AUGCCAUGGUAUAUGUUGUUUAAAGAUGACAUAGUAUUGAUUGACGAGACGCGUAGUGGAGUUAAUUAUAGGCUGGAUGUUUGUAGAAUGAACUUAGAAUCUAAAGUAUUCAGGUUAAGCAGGACUAAGACGGAAUAUAUGGAGUGCAAGUUCAGUGACGUGACGCAGGAGACAAAUGUGGAAUUGAAGAUCGAGGCACAAGCUAUACCCAAAAGAGGAAGCUUCAAGUAUAUUGGGUCCAUAAUACAAGGGGACGGGAAGAUUGAAGAUGAUCUCGCACUCCGUAUUAGAGCAGGGUGGAUGAAAUGGAGGCUCGCCUCCAGGAUGCUUUGCGAUAAGAAGAUGUCGCCUGGGUUGAAAGGUAGGUUCUACAGAGUGGUGGUUCCACUAACAUUAUUGCAUGGGGCAGAAUGCUGGCCAUUCAAGUAUGCUCAUGUUCAGAAAAUGAAGGUAGCGGAGAUGAGGAUGCUCAGAUGGAUGUGUGUUCGUACUAGGAGAGAUGAGGGACAAGGUCGGAGUGACGUCCGUGGCGGACAAGAUGAGGGAAGUGAGACUGAGAUGGUUCGUACAUGUGAAGAGGAACAGUGGAAUGCGCCAGUUAGGAGGUGUGAGAGAUUGGCUGUCGCAGAAGUUUGA